GACAGGCUAUGUGGUUGGGUUCUAGUUCUCCUAAGGUUCUCUUCGUGGUUCCACUGGAAAUAUCCAGGAACUAUGAACCUUUAAGGUUGAAUCUGAGGGUUCUCCAGGAAGUACAUGUCUACUUAUCACUUUUUCCUAUGUUCCGUAAAAAUUUGUUAGUUUAUUCCACUCGCUAGGAGUCGCUAAGCCGGAAAAGGAAAUGCCUUUCAAGACACCUUCCGGGAAGGACGCCAUGGCUUCCAGGGAGGAGGUGCUUGCGUUGCAGGCUGAAGUUGCCCGGCGUGAGGAAGAGCUAAGUUCUCUGAAACAGAGGCUGGCGGCGGCUGUUUUGGCGGAGCAGGAGCCAGAGCGGUUGGUUCCGGUGUCGCCCCUGCCGCCGAGGGCUGCCCUGUCGCGAGAUGAGAUUUUGCGUUAUAGCCGGCAGCUAGUGCUGCCUGAGCUAGGCGUGCACGGACAGCUGCGCCUGGCCACCGCGUCGGUGCUAGUCGUGGGCUGCGGUGGGCUUGGCUGCCCUCUGGCGCAGUACCUGGCAGCGGCCGGCGUAGGCCGCCUCGGCCUCGUGGACUACGACGUAGUAGAAAUGAGCAAUUUGGCCCGCCAGGUGCUGCAUGGCGAGGCGCUGGCUGGCCAAGCCAAGGUCUUUUCGGCCGCCGCCUCGCUGCGCCGCCUCAAUUCUGCGGUGGAGUGCGUGCCCUAUGCUCAGGCGCUUACGCCAGCCACGGCGCUAGACUUAGUCCGCCGCUAUGACGUGGUGGCUGACUGCUCUGACAACGUGCCCACUCGCUACCUGGUUAAUGACGCAUGUGUGCUAGCCGGCCGGCCUCUCGUGUCGGCCAGCGCCUUGCGCUUUGAGGGCCAGAUCACAGUGUACCACUAUGACGGCGGGCCUUGCUAUCGCUGCAUAUUCCCCCAACCACCUCCAGCGGAGACAGUGACCAACUGCGCGGAUGGCGGGGUGCUCGGUGUCGUCACUGGGGUCCUGGGCUGCUUGCAGGCACUGGAAGUGUUGAAGAUCGCAGCUGGUCUGGGUCCGUCUUACAGUCGCAGCCUGUUGAUCUUUGAUGCCCUCAGAGGACAAUUUCGCUGUAUUCAGCUUCGGAGCCGCAGGCCUGACUGUGCGGCUUGCGGCGAGCGGCCCACUGUAACUGACCUGCAGGAUUACGAAGCCUUCUGUGGCUCCUCAGCCACGGACAAGUGCCGCUCUCUGCAGUUGCUGAGCCCAGAGGAGCGAGUUUCGGUCACCGACUAUAAGCGACUUCUCGAUUCAGGCUCACCCCACCUGUUGCUGGACGUCAGGCCUCAAGUGGAGGUGGACAUCUGUCGUUUGCCUCAUGCCCUGCACAUCCCUUUGAAACAUUUGGAACGGAGGGAUGCGCAGAGCCUGGAGCUCCUAGGAGAAGCAAUCCGGGAAGGGAGGCAGGGCACACAGGAAGGGGCAGCUUUCCCAGUUUAUGUGAUUUGCAAACUGGGCAAUGACUCCCAGAAAGCGGUGAAGACCCUGCAGUCCUUGACAGCAGUCCAGGAGUUAGAAUCUUUAACGGUUCAGGAUGUUGUGGGGGGCCUCAUGGCCUGGGCUGCCAAAGUCGAUGGAACAUUUCCGCAGUACUGAGGUGGAUGGGAGAGUCUGACCGGAGGCAGAUGUGGAUUGCCAUGUUACCCAAAAGAUACGUUUAUUUGCAUUUUUUCCAGGAAUGCAUGGAAAAGACUGGGAUUGUUCAAUAACUGAAUACAUGGUCUCCUUUUUAUAAGGGGCUUUUUUGUUCUAAUGUGUUGGAUGCUGCUGUUAUUCAUGGGUUAUAAUACUGUUUUUGAGGACUGUCUUGUGUUUUCAGCACUUAGAAGAUGUCUUGAACAUGUGAGUUAUAACAUUAAGUGACAGGAUUUUGUGUUUUGACAGAUCGUUUUUCUCUUCUGCUUUUUUUGCCACUUCCCCCAAUCAAAAAAUAAUUUGAAUCAUCUAUAUUAAUGCUUGGAAAGGUGUAGUAAACGUAGUCUUCCUGAUUAGUCACAGAUGAUAUACUUAAGGUCAGUUUAUUGUUUGCUAAGACAUUGUUUGGGUCUUCUUUCUGUUUCAAAUGAUAGAAUAUAUUCUACAAAAAAUGUUUAAAAUGUAAAUUAUUUUUAAUUAUAUGGGAAAUGGUCAUUCUAUUAAAUAUUUGAAUUAAUAUCAAAGUGAGCUAUUUAGUAAGAUAAAGGAAACCACCUUUGUAGUCUGUCAGUUUCUCUUAUAAAUUGUUGAUUUACAAAAAAUUUUCUUACAGUAUUAUACACAAUGUAUACUGUGGUUUGGCUUGCUUUGGAAUCUUCAAGCCUAAGUCCCAACCUUCUGCCCUCCCCUGCCCCUUAUUCCUUAUCCAAUCUGGGUUUUUUUUUUUUUUUUCUUCUUGCUUUACUGGCCAAGUACACCAAAUACAGUAUUGAAUUAAAGUGGAAUAGUGACCAUUCUUUUUUUUUUUUCACGAUCUCAGGUGAAAAACUUUGACCAUUUGACCAAUAUUACUUGUUAUUGCUUUACUGUAGCUACUACCCUUUAUCAGAUUAAAGAAAUUUCCUUCCUUUUAUGGUUUGCUAAGUUUUCAUUGAAUUCAUCAAGUGCUUUUUCUGCAUUAUUAUGUGCUGCUUUUUUCUCUUUGGUUAAUGCAGUGGAUUACAUUGAUUCUGUUUAUGGUGGCGAAACACACACACAGCACACACACCCAGUUUCCCCUCUCAGUACUUUCCAAGUGUACGAUACAGUAUUGUCAACCACACACACGGUGUGCAACGGAUCCCAGAACCCCCCAUCCUGCGUGGCUGAACCUUGACACCCACUGAACAACUUCCCAUUUCUCCCUUUCAAUUUGCCUUUUCUAUUUUGAUUUAAUCUAUUUUAUUCCCAUGUUUUACAGUAGUACAAAACAUAGGUGUUUUUAUGUUUACUUAUUAAACAACAUUUUCAUGAAACGGCAGGUAGUCGAACUUCUAAUCUAUACAAAAUUAAAAGUAAAGAUCUGGUCAGUAUCCAUGGCAAGUUGAAGAAUACCUGCCCAUGUCGAAAGGGCCUCCGCUCUGCAACUGAUUGUUGUGUGCAGGUCUGUAAUCCUCAGAAAUCACAGAUGUAAAUGUGAAAUUUUUGUAUCUCUGGCUACACUUUUUUAAAGUUUAACAGCUUGUGGACCAGACAAAACCCUUGAGGGUCAGAUUUACUCAGUUUGCAACCUCUGAUAUAGACUCUUAUUUUAUCAUAAAAGGGUGGUAUUUAACAAUCAAAUUCAAAAUUAGGGUAGUCCUUACCUUUUAACUGUGAAACAUUGUAACCCGUGUUUUGAAUGGGUAUGCCUCAACCUUUGCUGUAAAGACAGAGCAGGUUUCUUGGACUGUUUUUCCCAAGGAGUUGUGGAAAUAAAUGCCUGAGACCAGAAAAGGAGAGUAAA